AGUUUUGGAUCAUUCUUUGGACUUUCACAGGCAGUUAUUGCUCAGAGUAAUUCAAGAAAGCAAGUCAUUGUUAGAGAACCCACAUUUGGUGUCAAAAAUUUCUAAAUCCAGCAAUGGGAACAAUAAGAGCUCUGCUUCUCCACCUCUGAGAUCGAAACCUCAAAACAAAUGGCUACCCUCCAAAAAUCAGAAAUGGGUUAAAAACCAAAGUGCAAAUGCUUAAGAAUACAAGGGAUUACUCAUUUCUGUUAUCAGAUGAUGCGGAGCUUCCAGCUCCUGCAAAAGAUCCUCCAUCACAAAAUGUCUCUUUUUCAAAUGCUGCGGCACUAUCAAUUCAAGAGCCACCAAAGAGCAAACAUUCAUUGGCCAAUACUGGCAGAAAAGUUCUCAAUGGUCCCGAGGGACGGAAACCUGUGCUGACAGGUAGCCAAAUGCAGUCUAAAAUGGGGACUCCCAAAUUGACAUCUGGAUUUAAGGUGAAUGUGAAAUCAGUGGACUCCAGGAAACAGCUGGGUAGCAAUAACGANGAGCAAACAUUCAUUGGCCAAUACUGGCAGAAAAGUUCUCAAUGGUCCCGAGGGACGGAAACCUGUGCUGACAGGUAG